AUGUUGGAUAAAUCUAAGCGUGAAAGGGUACAUACUCCGGGCUUUGUUUUCCCCGAUAUAGAAGACUCUUCUCUAUCCUCUCCCUCUCCUACAUGGCUAGCCAAUUUCGAUCCUCCCUUGGAUAUUCCUUUGGCUGUUCAAGAGAUGGACUCUGCCAUUCGUAAGAUUUCCACUCAUGUUACCCCAAAUCAGCCUGUUAAACAUCUCAAGAUUAUUAUACACUGUUCCCCUUAUAAUCGCUGCAUCCAGACUGCCGAGUUGUUGCUAAACCAUAUACUCAAAUUACCUCAAUUUAACCCUACAAAUUGCAAGGUUACCAGAAGGUUACGCAUAGAUCAGGCAUUGUCUGAGUGGUUAAGUGAAAACUUUAACCUAAACUACUUACCUCCCAAUGAUGAUGGCUAUUCUAUGAUUAACAACAUCAACACAUAUUUAAACACUCCAGUUCCUGCUGAUUCCGACCCUCAUUCUCCUCUGGACGGUACGACUAAACAGCAAAUGCUCAAAAUCAAAGAUCCUGUUUGGAGUUACAAUCAACUAGGCCACUGUGGAGAUUAUGGUGAACCUCCUCUGGAUUUUAAAAGCCGUUGCUUCGACUAUCUGACGUCGCUAUUACAAUAUUACUAUCGUUCUCAGUCUUAUGAAGCCGAUAAAGAGACUGUUGUGUUUGUCAUUUCUCACGGUUCAGUUAUCUCCACCCUAUUGCAGAUGCUCCUCAAUAGACCUGUGUUCAAUGAGAUUCCUCUCUGUACUCCUGUCUAUUUCAAACAGUCAGACCGCAAGCGUACCGUAUUCAGCCUUAUGGACUACAACUUCAAUUUGAACAAAAUUCUAACUUUCUCUUCCGAUGUGGAGUUGUUUAGGUUACUUCGUACUCCUAUAGAUAUGAGUAUGAUCAACUUUGAGGAUUCAUCCAACGAAUUGGCUAUUGGAACUAUGGAUUAUACCACUAUCAUUCAAAGCCCCCCUCAACAUGGUCGUUCUCGUUCUCGUUCUUCUUCUCGAUCGAAGAGCUCUGAACGAAAACGCAGAAGUAACACCAUUAGUUUAGGCCAGCCUAUCAAUUCUGGUGAUCAACUUAAUGAGUCGGAAAAGGCCUCUUUGAGGCAGACAAGGUCUUCCAAACAGUUACAUUUGAUGAACAGAAGUGAAGAUAGCCGUCUGAUUGAUAUGGAUAAACUUGCAAGCUACUUUGAGAACUUUUCGGAUUCUUCCGGUUCCGGAUCUGAAGACGACUUUGAAGAUGUCGACAAUGAAGCAUGGGAUAAUCAUAGCUCUGAAGUAUCAUCCAUUGCCCCAGCUCCUACUCCUCGUAUCCCAUCUCUUUCAAGCUUGAAUACCUUGAUGCACACUAACAGCGCUGCUAAUUCCAUCAAGGAUAUGCUGAUAGAUCCAUCUGCCUCCAGCAAGAAACGAUCAUCUCUUGCCUCAGCUUUUUUACAGGAGUUAUUUGGUAAGGAGAGUAACAAUGAUGCCAAUUCCGAAGAUAGCGGUAGUAUCAAAAGCAUUGGAAUGAGUACCAGCUGCAGUAGUCAUCAUCAUCAUACGUAUCACCAAAACGACAAUAAUAGCGUAACUGAUACGCUUAGAUCGUUCAAUAGUUCAUUCUUUUUAGGCGAUGAAGGAAUUACCGAUUCAGAGGGCGAAAGUGACUCUGAAGAAACUAAAUUCGAGGAAGGAGUACUAUCAUUCAAUGCUAGGAAGUUUGCUUCGGACGAUACUCAUAGUGAUAAAGUUCCCAUGAUAGACGGAACGUUUUCUAAAGUUCCAUUUAACUCAAACGGAGAUGAAGAUGAAGAAAGCAAUGAGAAGAAAUUGAGUGUAUUUCCAGGUACGAUCACUCCUAACAAGAGUCAAAUAACGCUUAUUCCUUCCCUUGCUAGUCCCAACGAUAAUGAUGAAUCCGGGAAACCAGAUGACAUCUUAGUGAUUUCUAAACAAGUCGAUGCAAACGAUUCCCUCAAAGAGAUUCUUUUCGGGACUGAAAGCUCCAAUGAAGAAGAUAACGGUUGGUUUGGAUUUAAUACUGGAUCGCCUGAAACUUAG